AUAUCAUAAAAGAAAAGAGAAAAGUGAAGGGGAAGGAAGAAAGCAAAAGAGGCUUCCGACCGAGGCAGACAGGCUCCGCAUCCAUCCUCACUCCUAAUAUUUUGCUCUUAUUCUCUGAAGCGCCUCCCUUUCUCUCUCUCUUCCUUUACCAACUAAGCAAAAUCACAACCCACUCGCCGCUUAUAACUCUCUCUUCCAAUGGCAGUUCCAGCGGCGGCUCCACCACCUGCCCUCUCUCUUCUGGUCUCCAUUGCCGCCGCUCUCUGCAUGGCCGUCCAAGGCCAAGUUCUGGGAGGCGGAGGAGGCAGCUGGUGUGUUGCCAGAAGUGACGCUAGCAGCCAGGCUCUCCAAACCGCUCUGGACUACGCAUGCGGCGCCGGAGCCGACUGCCAUCCCAUUCAGUCCGACGGCCUCUGUUUCCUCCCAAACACCAUCCAAGCUCACGCCUCCUACGCCUUCAACAGCUACUAUCAGCGCAAGACCCGCGCCCCUGGCUCUUGCGACUUCGCCGGCACUGCCACCAUUGCCCAGACUGACCCCAGCUAUGGAUCUUGUGUGUACCCGACUUCUUCCAGCACGGCUGGAGGGACGAAUAUACCAAUCACAACACCGCCGUUGAUGAACCCAAAUGUGCCAACUCCGACCACAACAUCACCCUUCUACGGUGGGGGCGCCGGCGGCGGAAUCAAUCCGGGGAUGACGUCUCCUGUGCCUGACAAUUCCAGAGCAACAUUGUUAACGGCCUCCGCCAGUUUAGUUUUAUUCUUUUCCUCUUUUCCUGUUCCUUUCCUACUCAUCAUGGCGUAGCAGGGUUUCGGGGAGAGAUGGACGGUGAAAGUUUUGUCAAGAGUUCAGAGAAGCCUCUUCUUGUUCAUAACCACACAGCUUUGCGCGGCUGCGUCUGAAAUAUAUCUGCUCUUAAAUACUCCAUUUUUAAGGUUAUGAAUAAGGUUGGCUGUUCAGGGGACAUGAGCAUAGGUAGGGUUGUAGCUAGGCCUUUACCAGGAAUUCUAGAUUGUUACCCCCCCCCCCCAAAAAAAAACACAAACAGAAGAAGAAAAUCAAUUCAAAUAGUUUUUUUUCCCUUAAAAAAAAUGUUAUCUUACAGAUAUCAUAUUUCAGUAUUUCACAGACACUUCAGUAUUAGUAUAUUA